AUGUCGUUUGCGUCAUGAUCAGUAGAAGUGCAUGGCUGCACGCGAUAAAACGGUGCUGAAACCGAACGAUUUGGACUCAUUCUAGCGUCCAGAAAGUUCAGUUAUCCAAUUUGCUGGUCACCUCCGGUCCAGAUCGAGUGACAAAUAAUAAUAAAGACAGUACUGAAUACAGUGUUUACACGCUGUCCUCGGUAAUAAACAUUCACGUGCGAUUUGUGUAACCCUCGCGGGCAGGUUUUUAUUCAAUGUGCAUUUGAGCAGGGUGCGUAGGGUUGAUAUUCACAGAAAGUUGCGCUGGAUCUGGACUUGAGACUCGGCGCAUAGUUGUCAUCGGUGCGGAAAAUAUAUAAAAGAUGCUGCUGCAAGUUGGAGGGAAGCGUGCAGCCCUGGGCUUGUUGGCGGUGCGCAGGGCCUGCUGUCUGUCCCGCUCCGCUCACACGUCACCUCAGACACUGGAGUACAAACCCAUUAAAAAGGUCAUGGUGGCCAACAGAGGAGAGAUUGCGAUCCGGGUGUUCCGGGCUUGUACAGAGCUGGGCAUCCGGACCGUGGCGGUGUACUCGGAGCAGGACACGGGCCAGAUGCACAGGCAGAAGGCAGACGAGGCGUACCUCAUAGGAAGAGGUCUGCCGCCUGUCGCUGCUUAUCUCCACAUACCCGACAUCAUCAAAGUGGCCAAGGAAAAUGACGUGGACGCUAUCCACCCAGGUUACGGCUUUCUGUCCGAGAGGGCGGAUUUUGCUCAGGCGUGCACUGACGCUGGUGUGCGCUUCAUCGGUCCUACUCCUGACGUCGUCCGUAAAAUGGGAGACAAGGUGGAGGCUCGUGCCAUUGCACUCCGUGCUGGUGUGCCUGUUGUCCCUGGAACGGAUUCUCCUAUCUCCUCUUUGCAGGAAGCGCAGGAGUUCUCGAACACGUACGGUUUCCCAAUCAUUUUCAAGGCGGCUUACGGCGGCGGGGGCCGUGGCAUGCGGGUGGUGCGGGAGUAUGAGGAGCUGGAAGAGAACUACCAGCGGGCCUACUCAGAAGCCCUGGCUGCCUUUGGCAACGGAGCAUUGUUUGUGGAGAAAUUCAUUGAGAAGCCAAGGCACAUUGAAGUGCAAAUCCUGGGGGAUAAAUACGGGAACGUGAUUCACCUGUACGAGAGGGACUGCUCUAUCCAGAGGAGACACCAGAAGGUGGUGGAGAUCGCGCCAGCCUCACAGCUCGACCCCCAUCUCAGAGACAGACUGACGGCCGACUCGGUCAACUUGGCCAAACAGGUCGGCUACGAGAACGCCGGCACCGUCGAGUUCCUGGUGGAUAAAAACGGAAAGCACUACUUCAUCGAGGUGAACUCGCGUCUCCAGGUGGAACACACGGUUACCGAGGAGAUCACAGAUGUGGAUUUGGUGCACGCUCAGCUGCGGGUGUGUGAAGGUCGCAGCCUGCCCGAGCUGGGUCUGAAACAGGAUAAAAUCAAGAUCAAUGGCUCUGCCAUCCAGUGCCGUGUGACCACCGAGGACCCUGCACGGGGCUUCCAGCCGGACACAGGAAGAAUAGAGGUUUUUCGCAGCGGUGAAGGGAUGGGCAUUCGGCUGGACAGCGCCUCUGCCUUCCAGGGUGCCGUGAUCUCCCCCCAUUACGAUUCUCUCCUGGUUAAAGUCAUUGCCAGCGGUAAAGACCUUCCUGCCGCCGCUGCCAAAAUGAGUCGGGCCCUCGCAGAGUUCCGCGUACGCGGAGUCAAGACGAAUAUCCCUUUCCUCCAGAACGUGUUAAGUAACGACCAGUUCCUUUAUGGCACAGUGGACACCCAGUUCAUCGACGAGAACCAGGACCUCUUCAACCUCAAACCGGUUCAGAACCGAGCCCAGAAACUCCUUCAUUAUCUGGGUCAUGUCAUGGUGAACGGCCCGACAACUCCCAUCCCUGUUAAGGCUAAGCCUUCCUCCAUCGAUCCAGUCGUCCCAGCGGUGUCUCUUGGACAACCUCCAACGGGUUUUAGGGAUGUCUUGCUGAAAGAAGGCCCUGAAGGCUUCGCCAAGGCGGUGCGUUCCCACAAAGGUCUGCUGUUGAUGGACACGACGUUCAGAGAUGCCCACCAGUCUCUCCUGGCCACUCGGGUGCGCACCCAUGACCUGAAAAAGAUCGCACCAUUCGUGGCUCACAACUUCAGCAACCUUUUCAGUGUGGAAAACUGGGGAGGUGCUACCUUUGAUGUGGCGAUGCGCUUUUUAUGCGAAUGUCCUUGGAAGAGGUUGCAGGAGCUGCGGUCUCUGAUCCCCAACGUGCCUUUUCAGAUGCUGCUUAGGGGAGCCAACGCUGUGGGAUACACAAACUACCCGGACAACGCAGUCUACAAGUUCUGCGAGGUGGCCAAGGAGAACGGCAUGGACAUUUUCCGCGUCUUUGACUCUCUGAAUUACCUCCCCAACAUGCUCCUGGGUAUGGAGGCAGCUGGUGCAGCGGGAGGUGUGGUGGAAGCGGCCAUCUCUUACACAGGCGACGUCUCCGACCCCACGCGACAGAAAUACUCUCUGGACUACUACUUGAAGCUGGCUGACGAGCUCGUGAAGGCUGGCACGCACAUACUUUGCAUUAAGGACAUGGCCGGGCUGCUGAAACCGGAAGCUAGCCGUUUGCUGAUCGGUGCGCUGAGGGAUCGUUUUCCUGACACUCCUAUUCACGUGCACACUCAUGACACGGCGGGUGCCGGUGUAGCAGCCAUGUUGGCGUGUGCCGAAGCCGGAGCGGACAUCGUGGACGUUGCGGUGGACUCCAUGGCCGGAAUGACCUCCCAGCCUAGCAUGGGCGCCAUCGUCGCCUGCACCAAGGGAAACAAAUACAACACGGGCAUAUCUCUGGAUAAGGUCUUUGACUACAGUGAGUACUGGGAAGUAGCCCGUGGUCUCUACGCUCCAUUUGACUGCACAGCCACCAUGAAAUCCGGGAACGCAGACGUCUACGAGAACGAGAUCCCAGGAGGCCAGUACACCAACCUGCACUUUCAGGCUCACAGCAUGGGCCUGGGCAACAAGUUCAAGGAGGUGAAGAAAGCCUAUGCCGAGGCCAACAAACUGCUCGGAGACCUCAUCAAGGUGACCCCAUCUUCUAAGAUCGUUGGCGACCUGGCGCAGUUCAUGGUGCAGAACUCCCUGACGCGGGCGGAGGUGGAAGAGCGGGCCGAUGAGCUCUCCUUCCCUCUCUCCGUGGUGGAGUUCCUGCAGGGCCACAUCGGGAUCCCGCACGGAGGCUUCCCUGAACCGUUCAGGUCGAAGGUGCUGAAAUCGCUGCCUCGUGUAGAGGGUCGUCCAGGUGCAUCGCUCACGCCCAUGGACUUCGAGGCCAUGGAGAAGCAGCUGCGCGAGACACAUGGUGAUGACAUCACGCCCGAGGACGUCAUGUCUGCAGCCAUGUACCCCAAAGUGUUCCAGGAGUUCAAGGACUUCACCAACACCUUCGGACCUGUCGACUGCCUCAACACGCGUCUCUUCCUGGAUGGACCAAAGAUCGCAGAGGAGUUUGAGGUCGAACUGGAGAGAGGGAAGACGCUCCAUAUUAAAGCUCUGGCACUGGGGGAUCUCAAUAAGGCCGGUCAGAGAGAGGUGUUCUUCGAACUCAACGGUCAGCUGAGGUCUGUCCUGGUCAAAGACACCGUCGCCCUGAAGGAAAUGCACUUCCACCCGAAGGCACUUAAAGACGUCCGGGGUCAGGUGGGAGCGCCCAUGCCUGGGAAAGUGGUUGAGGUCAAGGUCAAGGAGGGCCAGAAGGUGGAGAAAGGCCAGCCUCUGUGCGUCCUCAGCGCUAUGAAAAUGGAGACGGUGGUGAACUCGCCGCUUUCCGGCACCGUGGCGAAAGUCUACGUCAAAGUCGACAGCAGCCUGGAAGGCGAUGACCUCAUCCUGGAGAUCACAGAGUAAACCGAGCAGCGCCAUAAGACAUCCUUGGAAAUUUCCUUUCAGCUCCUUCAUGUGUGGGGUUAUACACAAGCACAAAAAUAAAAAUUAGUAAAUAAAAAUACACACUAAACAGAACAGUGCACACACAUUUUAAAGCUAACUGGAGGUAUGCAUGGAUUUUAGAACUGACAGGAGGCGGGGGGGUUUCAAUAUUUAGUCUUAAUAUUAUGUACACGUAGUUAUUGCCUAAUGUUUCUGGAAUUAGUGUUUGUGCACUGGGUGCGGAAGAGUUCUUGUUUUUCUGUCAUCUCGAUCUAUUUUACAUAAUCACCUGUCAUGUGUAAUCACGAGAGCUAAUGAUCCAUGAGCUGGAAACUAGUGUUACAUUAACAUUGGGUGUCUCUGUUAAUGUUGAUGUCAUUAUGUCUGCUGAAAUAGGAUUGUGGCGGUAAAGGAAUGAUGUUUAAUUAAGUAAAAAAAAAAAAAAAAGCAAUAAAUCAAAAGGGUAUACUCAUAAGUAGACUCAUUUGCACAGAAAUUAUAUAUGUAAAGAAAUAAAAAUAGGAUCUCAUUUCUUUUAGCGUAACAUUUUGGGUGUUGCCUUUAAUCCUGGAUAAACCAAAAGGGGAAAAAAAAUGCCCAUGUAGCUUUGCUUUCUGAUGUUUCAUGUUCAACCGAAAUAAUUUCGGACUUAUUGGUCCUAACGCACUUCUGAUCGCUGACAAAAUAUUAAUCUAUAAGCGUAAAAUAAUGUCAAGGUAAAUAUGAUGUAUGUCCUUGUUAGCACUGUGAGCCUGAGAUCUCUGCUGUGGUUUUACCCAGAAUGCAUUAGUCAGAGCUAAAGAGUUGGCUGGCCGGCGAUGCGUUCUUGGCUGAAUUUCAAUCAUCACAACAAGCCUUGAUGAUGAGAUGAGGUCCCAUGAAACCCCGGAGUCUCGGAGCUCAUGCAGAAUGCAGAGUUGGCGCUAACGUCGCUCCCCGAUGCUGAUCUGAAUUUAUUGUUCCGAUAAUUUGCCCCUGAAUGUGAACAUCACACCAGUCUUGUUACAUUCCUCUUGGGUUCGGGCGCACCAUGUUUUGGCCUGCAAAGCUACCUACCCGUCUUAGCCUUUCUUUUCUUUUGUCGCUCACUACAGCACUGCCACUGGAGGUUUCUCAUUUGAAGUGUUAUCUUUUGUAGCCGGGAAUCAAAUGUGAGGUUUUGCAAGAGCCGUCUGUGGAGAGCACUCAACACCGGGCGUUCGUACACUCGAACAGUUGCGAAUCGGUAAUCCAUUAGGCAACACCUGGAGUGCCGGAGCUUCGGCGGUGGAGUACUGUUAAAUCAGGAACUGGCGUUUGAUCACUCUCGCUGUCUUUUAACCUCGUAACAUUAACAUCUCAACACAGCUGAAGAGGUCUGGUGUAACCUUGUUAACCAUGCUAAUUUAUAGUCUAAAGACACUACUCGCGAGCUGCAACUAUAAAAUGAGGAUAAUGUCUUCGUUCCAUAAAAAAAAAAAAUAGAUGGAAUGGCUGCUAAAGAAAUCUUCAACUUAAUGUCCCUCGACAGCAUAAAGUAUUUGUGCAAUAUUUACAGAGCAGAAAAAAAAUGUAAUGCGUUUCCCAGCGCUGAGAAAUCAACAUCAAAACUUAUUUACUGACGGCUCCACAAUAAAGAGAGUCUUAAGGGCAGUUAAAUUCUAUUAGACGAUUUUAGGAGCGAAAACUGCAACCAUUAAAUCAGCAAUAAAGGUGCAAUUAUGAGACUGAUAUGAAUAGUCCUGCCGAAGCUGUCCAUAUGCAGACUUGUAUAGAUGACAAACAUUUGUGCUACACCAUACGAAGCGGCUUUGUUUUCUUUUCAUUUCCUGAGGAUUUGUGGGAUCAGUGAUCAGUCUGGAGGAAAGUAAAGACUAGCUGUAGCAGAAAAAUUCAGUCCUUUUUUUUUUUUUUUUUUUCUCAUUUGAGUAGUGUGACUCCUAUUUGGUCAAAGAUGUAGGCCAGGUUUUCCGUCAACGCGGUAGCACGAUGGUUAGCGUUAAAACCUGAGCUCCACGGUCCCCACUUCAAUCCAGAUCUCCAGUUACUCACUUUAUCGAGUUCCACAUACACUAAUGUUCAUAUGGGUUUUCUCUGGGUUCACUGGUUUCCUCCGACCUCCCAAGAUCAUGUUAUGGUAUGAGCAUUCUGUCCUGCCCCCUUUAUUGAGCGUGUAUUCCAACCUUUACAAUGGUUUCCAGGGAGAGUCUCUGGAUCCUACGACCCUGACAACACUAAAGUGCUAAAAGAUGAACAGCUUGACCGUACCUUAGACUUCCAUAGUUAGUGGUUAUUUCUCAUUACGCUGAAAAAAAACAUUGAAAUGUUUAGUCUGUUUGUCCUACAAUCACUUUAAAGGCAAAAUGUGUUCACAUGCACGCUUAUAUAAUUAAACUGUCCAAUUUUAGUGGCAGAAGAGUACUCAAGUCAGCCUGACCCGAUCUGGCUCUUAUCCACUGACCUGUUUGAUGUGAACAAAAAGUUCUUGAUCUCUAUGUACGUUUAUGUACACCGUCCUGCUGUCACGUGAAAAAAUGUGAUUCAGAUAAUGUGUGAAUUUUUAUUGAUUAACAUUUGGGUGAAGAUUUCUUCUCCUACAGUAGCUGCACAGUACUGGAUCAGCCACUACCUCAGUGCCCUUUCUCAACCAUUAACCCUGUUUACUAGUCAUUCUGACAUUUUAUACUGUCUUACAUGUACUACAUUACAGUAUGCACACUUUAAUAUUCCUGAGGCGAGGAAAGGCUUCUUUAUACGUUUGAGAAAAUCUCGUCAUCUCUGGUCUUCUCGAUCUCAGGACUAGCCACUUACGAUUGGUCCCCGUUGUAACAUUAACUGAUGCGCUUUUUUUUUUCUUUCUUUUUUUCCCCCCUAACUACAGUAGGUGCAAUGCAGCUAAACUUAAUGCGAUGUUUAACUGAAUAUUUAAUGAGUUUUCCUAAGUGAUUACUGUUUACUACUUGGUUUAUGAGGGUUUUGCAACUGUAAAAAUGGAACAAUGUUUAAAUUUUCUGCACUUAUUUUAAGUUGAAAUUGAGUACAUCAUGUUAAAUAAUAAAUAUUGGAAUUUUUGCUAGAAUGACAUCAAAUACGUUUUACAGGCUUGUUGGAAAUAACAGAUUUUGUAGUGUUUAUCUUGAAGUGCAUUGAUUUUUCCAUCCAUGUGUUACGUUAAUGAUGUAUAAGAGUUUAUGCAGAUACUAAUUCACUGUAACCUUUUGGUUCAUCUUGGAGACAUAAAAAUAAUUAACAA